AUAUCUAUCGCCGUCAUGACUUUAGUGAUCAAAUCAUCUAAUAGAUAAUUUUCCAAAUUAACCCACAUACGUAAUGAUUGUUCACAUUCAAGUGAAACUUUAUCGUUAUGUUGAGAUUUCCAGUGUGCUGUUAUAAUUACUUUAAAUCAAAAUGUACCAAACACAAGAUACAUACAUUCUUUCAACAUUCAUUUAAGUUCUCAAAAUCUAACACACCUGAACGAUAAAGCAUCGAAAUAUGAAUCAUUUGUAUCGUAGGAAGGGUGAUAAUAGCUCCGCUUAUGGCAAAAUUAAGAAGCUCUCGUCAGGGUUUAUACAGCGCCAAUUGGUAAAUGGCAAAACGAUGAAACUGCUAGCCAAACAGUAGAGCUGCCUGUGUUGAAUUUGGGAAAUUCUGUCCAGGAUUCAUACGGCUCCAAUUAGUAAAUGGUAAAACACUGAAACUAAUAACAUAAAUGAUUUAGCGAAAUAAUAUUUCAAAAUACAUUCGUUGUAUUCGUGCUUCAAAAGUUACUUUGUACUUUAAAUUCUACUAGUUAUUUAUUUACGGUAAAGCGACUAGAAAUAUUAAAUUUAUUAAUAGAAGCCGUUUACUAAUUGGCGUUGUACGAAUUCUGAAGAGAACUACAAGAUAUCAUAAGAAGAGAUGCCAGGGUUCACUUAACCCCACUUUGAAGCAAACUGCGAAGGAUGACAUUCGUAUCAACAACGUCAUAACAUGUGGACUACAGUAACAUAGGGUCACAGUGUCACGUGUGUGAAUGCUGUCCUGUCAAUAGUCUUGCUAGAAAUUUGGAUUUCUAAGUAUAUUUGCAUUUUAGACAGGCUAAAACUUGUGAAUUCACUCUGAUUCACUCAUUUUUUAAAUGUCUCUAAAUGUCCAUUUUGAAAUGGACAAUUAUUUUUUCGAUCGCGUACAAACGAAUAUGCGUCAGGGAACCUACACAUAUAACAACGCACAGUGAUUGAAUUCUAAUAAGGAGGAUUGAUGCAACCAUGGCAUUUUUUACUACUGACAAAGUACAAGAUUUUUAUGUCUGUAAUGUAGUAAUUCCAACAGUAGUACUUACAUUAAUUGCAUUUAUUUUAAUUAUAUUUAAGAGUAUUAUUUGGGUAAUCAUUAUGGGUUGCUUGUACAUAGUAAGCAUUUUCUACGGACUUGUCAUACUACAAUACAUUAAUAUGAUAAUGGUCAAGUUCAAUGCUAUUUGUGGUACACUGAAACCAAUGUAUGAUGUUAAAGAGCCUUGCAGUGUUUGUAACAGUAAUGACUGCAAAAGACAUAAAUUAUUACCUCACUCGACUAAAGUAAAAAUACCAAAGGAUUUCGACUAUGCUCUGGAACAACUUCUUGAAGACGUAUUGCAAAAGUAUGUUUGUGCAUGGUACUCGGAUUUCUCCACAAACGAGGCUUUUGUGCAACAACUUCGUUUGGCUACAGCUACUGCAACUAAAAAUAUUGCAGUUCGUUUGUUGCGCACGGAUGUAGCCAAUGUCGUUUUUUAUCGACUAAUACCUUUGCUUUUGCAACACUCUCAAGAUUGGAAAGUGUUGAGCGCGAAUUCUCAAAAAUCAUGCGAUAUUUCUCAUUUCCGUGACCAUGUGAUUAAAUAUUUGGGUCAUGAGAUUCAUCCAGCAGCUUACUCACGAAAGGCUGAACUAAAUUAUCUUAGAGGCUUGGUCAUUGCAAUUCUACCACAUUUACUUCCUGCUGUACAUGUAUCCACUAAUAAUAAGGUGAUACUUCGUGAAAUUUUAUCAAAUUGGAUUCUACUGCCGGCGAUAGAUGCGAUCGCCGAUCCAGAAAACAUAAAUACUUUAGUAAUGCUAUCAACGCAUCGGGAUGCAACAAUGUCCAAUCAUAUAGAUACAUUAAAUGUACAGAUGCUGCAAUGUUGGACGACCAACCUAGUUAUACCAAACUUCUCAUACAAUCAUCUAAAACCUUCUUUGGAUGAGAUUUUGAACAAUGCUAGAUUGUUAUACAUGUUUAUACAACACGUGAAAGAAACUGGGCCUAUGAAUCUUUUACAAUUUUGUUUAGAUAUUGAUGACCUAAGUAAACGAAUGUUAAAUCCGGAGAUAAGUGCAGACGCUGAAAAUAGUUUAUACAUUGAUAUACAAAAUAUGUAUUCAACGUAUCUUGAUCCUGAUGGGCCAGAGUAUUUACAUUUACCAAAAGAUAUAUCAAUGGGAAUUCAGCAAGUUCUUGAAAAAAGUUCAAAUAAAAUCGAAGAACUAAGAACAUCACGACCGUUUUAUCAAGCACAUCAAGAAGCGCAUGCAUUAUUAGAAUCCACUUGCGUACCGUCAUUUCAUCACAGUUAUCAGCUUUACGUUUCGUUAUGCGGAUGUCCAACAGUAAGUAAUGUUAAACAAUCAUCACGUACAAGUGUUGUCGGUGGAUUUACAAAUGUAUCAGCGAAAAUUGGGAAUCACUUUCCAAAGAUAGAAGGGAUUUUACGAGCGUCAACAAUCGACGGAAUGCCUUACCAAGAUAUCUACCAAGGCGAAGAAAUUGAUAAUCCGCUACGACCAUACAAUGAAAUUAAAUGUACAGACAGUACCUUCUCCAGAGAUUUAACAACAUGGCGAGUUAGUAUUCUGCAUACUGAGUCCGGAGACAGUCAACCGCUUUAUAUGAUAUCUGUGCACGACAUAGCUGAAGGAAAGUCUUGGACAGUUUUACGCCGUGAUCAAGACUUUUAUGCUUUGCGUACGCGAUUGAUAGAGUUCCACGGUGAUAAGGAAUUGAGCGACUCGCCAUUGCCAUCCCGAAAGAAUCCUCAUACUUCUUAUAAUCUGUAUAGCCAGCGGUACGAGGACUUCUUGGACAAAUUACUUUCGAAACCAUCACUCAGAAGCAGCGAGCUGUUGUACAAUUUUUUGACAAUGCCGAAUUUGAAACCAUACUUUACAAAUUACAGCACGCCGGAUAUUGGAAUACUGUAUCAAAGUAUGGCAUAUAAAUUACGGAAAGAGAAAGGUCAGAAUCUGGAUAAAUUUAUGACAACGUUUCUGGCAUCUACCAAUAUUAAGAACGAUUAUACUGAUAUUGGAAUUGAAUUUUCGAACGAUACAAAAGAUGUUGAAACAGAGAAAAAGAGCCACGCGGACAGAAUAUUCGGCGAUAAUUUAAAUAUAAAUGCCAAUUUACAAAAGAUUUUAUCCUGUCCUUCGACGAAGCGCAUUCACGUGAAAGGCACUUGUUUCUGUAUUGCAGACGCAGUGGAGAAAUUACUGAAUGUCCCUUCGAUGGUCACGCGAGCUGUUUGGAUGUUCGCUUUCUCAACUCGUACAAAAGUAGAUCCGCUAGUCAAUAUUUUAUUUUAUAACGCCUUGACAAAAAUAUUGAGUAACGGCCGUGCAGCUGCUGUAGUCAACUUGUUGCAUACGAAAGUCAUGUGUGAUAAGAGUUGUAAGAAAGAAAGAAUUUCUGCAGGAAACUGUGAAAACUGUUACGAGAGCGCGAAGAAAGGAUUGUAUGGUUUACUACCGUACUGGUUAAUAGGAUUGUAUAAACCAUGGACAGAAUUAAUGGAUUCUGUUGUAGAUUCUUUACAAAAUGCACAACUUAACAAACACAUUGCAUACGUUCUUUUAGAUCAAAUUGUGAUAAGUCUGUUUCCUGAACUUGUACUUUAAUUUAUAUAAGAAUUAUCGAUAUCAUAGCAUAGAUAAACUUAAUUAUGUACAUUAAAAUAUAAAAUACUCAUCUACUAUAUCAUUUGUAAUGAAUGUUUGAAAGUAGUAGUAAUACCAUUAAUAAUUUAUAGAUCUACUAUUGUAUAUUUUAUAAGAAAUGCAUAGAAGGUACGAAAUGAAUAUUGUAAUAUAUUUCCAGAAAUUAAAACGUUGCGAAAAUUGGA